UUUAAACAGCGUGCCUUAGAGUGUAAAAUAAGUGAUUCAUGCUUUUUUAUACCACCUGACUGGUUUUUUUGUUUCCGCUGUCAUAAAUGGGUUUCAAAAGAGAAUCAAGUGUUGAAUGUCAUGCUUGUUCACUAGUCACUCACAAAUUUAACAUUUAAUAGAAGUGAAACUUUAUUUACACAUUUUGUUAUUUGAUGAAUAACACUAAACUUAAGCUUUGUAAGAAUCAAAAAGGAUUAGUUUGUUUGUUUUAAGAUAGAUGUAUGUGACGAAGACAAUUAAUGACUAUGCUGUCUUGGAACAUAUCGGUUGAAGAGAGGAGAAACUUAUAGUUCAAGAUUGAAAGUAUAAAAUAGUUGUAGCUUUAAGUCAUGAAUCGAAGGGAUCGCGUCGGAUCAGGUUCAACAGUGUCUUCAGUGGUGUCCAGUUUCUCGAAAAAGGCAAAAGAAGCUGGUAAGGAAAAUGUGCCAUCAAAACUUCCAAGGGGUGCUGCCAACUCAAAAGAUGUUACGGGUAAAGCUAGAGACACUGGUGCAAGUUUCAAAUCUCGAGAACAGGUCACACCAUCGCGGGAUUCAAAAGACAAAGCUCCAGCGGUGAAUGUUCGAAACGGGUCAACGGGUUCACGAUCGGAAGUGUCAUCUGCUUCAAGUCAAUCUACCUUGAGUAGGCAAGCAAGCACAGCAAGUUCUGUGGGUAGUGCAGGGCCUGAACCUGUCAGUCCAGUGCCCGAGGUAGUCACUACAACCACUGUGGUGGAGAGUGAUCCUCUGAGCCCUACCCCUCAGAGUCCAGUAAGCGCUCAGAGUACUAAUAUUUUCCUGAAUGAAAAGGGGAAAAUAACCUCGCCUAGGUUUGUGAACCCGGACCAAUCUGGCUAUGUGGGGUUUGCCAAUCUUCCGAACCAGGUGCACCGAAAAUCCGUGAAAAAGGGCUUCGAGUUUACGCUCAUGGUUGUAGGUGAAUCUGGAUUGGGCAAGUCCACCUUAGUCAACAGCCUGUUCCUCACAGAUCUUUACCCAGAGAGACACAUACCCUCAGCACUUGAGAAAGUAAAGCAGACGGUGAAGAUUGAUGCCUCCACAGUUGAGAUAGAAGAACGUGGAGUCAAACUGCGCCUCACAGUCGUAGACACACCGGGCUUUGGAGACUCACUCAACUCUAUAGACUGUUUCAAGCCCAUACUCCAGUAUGUAGAUGAUCAGUUUGAGCGAUACCUCAACGAUGAGAGUGGGUUGAAUCGUCGCCACAUCAUCGACAAUCGCGUACACUGCUGCUUCUACUUCAUCAACCCAUCAGGGCACGGUUUACGGCCCCUGGAUAUUGCGUUCAUGAAGGCCCUGCACAACAAGGUGAACAUUGUCCCAGUGCUGGCCAAGGCAGACACACUCACCAAGAAGGAGGUCCUCAACCAGAAAACUAAGAUCCUGAAUCAGAUAGAGCAGUACGGUAUCACCCUGUACCCGCUCCCAGACUGUGAUGAUGAUGAGGAUGAGGACUAUAAGGAACAGUGCAAGCAGCUCAAGGAAGCUGUGCCAUUUGCGGUGGUGGGCUCGAACACGAUCAUCGAGGUGAAGGGGAAGAAGGUGCGAGGUCGCAUGUACCCCUGGGGCGUGGUGGAGGUGGAGAAUCCAGAACACUGUGACUUCAUCAAGCUGAGGACCAUGCUCAUUACGCACAUGCAGGAUCUCCAGGAAGUGACGCAGGAGGUGCACUACGAGAACUUCCGCGCAGAGAGACUUGCAUCUGGACAACCCAUGCCAUCAAAGAAGGCCAGUUCUCGACGCCAACAACCCUCCGCGCAGACAGAUCGGUCCAACAGAGACAAUGGCAGUGCUGAUUCGAGGGAACAAGUCUUACAGGAAAAGGAGAAGGAGUUACGGCGCAUGCAGGAGAUGGUAGCAAAGAUGCAGGCCGAGAUGGAGGCACAGAAGCAAGGUGGCAAGCAGAACGGAGUGCGAUCACAUGACGUAUAGGGGCUGAGAGAACACGUUGACCGAAAGAUGUGCCAAGACAAGUUCAUAUUUGACAAAGCGUGAUGUAAAUCACCCUAAUGACCAACUUUGCAAAGACCAGGCAUCAAACCAUGCAUUUCGAGGGACGAAACAUUCAGUGUCUGAGAUGUAUUUGAAUGAAUCUUUUAUAGUUUUAAUGUGAAUAAUGUUUAGUUGAUUACUCAUGUUCAAGACCAUGUAACCUGACAAUCUUUGAACAUAAAUGCUAUCAGAAUUAUUUUUUCAUGUCCCCCAGUCUAUACUGGGGAACAUAUUAUUUUUGCCCUGUCUGUUUGUUUGCGUCAAACUUUAGCAUUGACCAUAACUUUUGCAAUAUUGAAGAUAGCAGCUUGAUAUUUGGCAUGCAUGUGUAUCUCAUGGAGCUGCACAUUUUGAGUGGUGAAAGGUCAUGGUCAUUCUUCAAGGUCAAAUAUAUGGAGGGGGGACAUAGUGUUUCACAAACACAUCUUGUUUAAUCUUGCAUUUUAGGUAUCAGAGAAAGAGCAAGUUUUGGGAAAAUCAAGUUUUGUGAUUUUUAAUACAUGGACAUUUGCUUUCAUCUAGAUUUUUUUGUGUAGUGCUUAAAGCUAUAUGAUGAUAUAUUUGAAUGUUUCUUAUCUUCCUUUUUUGAGGAAAUGAAUGAAUGCUUGGAUCAUCAUUAAGAACAUUUAGUCAUUUUUGGCAACUGGUAAAACUGUCUUAUACAUAUGACUUAUAAAAAAUUUAAUAGUUGUAUUACAUGCUGCCUCUUUGUGAUUGUCUGUGUUGCAAUUUGCUUGUAUAUUUUACAUUUCAUUUUAUAUGUAAAGUGCUCUUUGGCCUAAACAGGGUCCAGAUUGUUUUGUUGUUUUGAGGGUAUUUUUAGUCAGUGAAUGGAUUUUAUAUAUUACACACAGUUAAUGUGUGAAACUCAAAAUCAGUCGUCAAUUAUUUAUUUAGCUAGAAUAACAUUUUGUCACUGGUAUACAGACCUUUACUUAAAAAUGGACAUCUUAUUCCAUUAUUGUGUUUUCCUUUGGCUGACUUAGUUCAAAAUUAGUUCCUUUGGUGGGAUAUUGAUGCAUACAAAUUGAAAUGUGAAGGCAAUUAUAAAGCUCUAUUUUUGUUAUAUGUAAUCAAUGUUUAGGAAAGGAAUUCCUUAACACCCAUAUAGUUUUCUGUAUUUCUCAAUAUUUCAUUUGUACUCAUUAUCCAUUUAUUUUCAACUUGCCUACUUAUUAUCAAUUUAUUUACAACUUGCCUUUUGUUUUGUUUUAGUGUGUUUAUACACGAUAAAAAUACAAAAAAGAAGAACAUAUGCUGGUGUUUUUAAGUCUUAAAUGUCUUGCAACAAAUAAGCGGGAUCUUUAGAAGUAAUUUAAUCAAUUGUUGUAACUAUAGAAUGUAAUUUAUAUUUAUUUUGAAAUAUGUUUUAAAAUAAAAGUUUGGUAAUUUAGAAGUCAAUGUUUGUGUAAAAGUUUCAUUGUCUGUUUUGUCUUUUAGUCUACUUUUGUUUAUUUGUAGUUGUUUUAGAAUGGAGAUUCUGGUAUUGAACUGUACAGUGCAAUAUAUGUAUCUAUCAAGUAGAUCUGAUCUGUGGUAUGGUAAAAGUAUUGCAAAAAUUAAUUCACUGAGUUGUAAAAGAAAAGGACAUUUAAUAUCAUAUACUUCUUAUGUGACCAUUGACGAGUGUUUUUCUUAUGAUAGUUGCAGAUCUGCUAUAGAUUGUACUUUUAGCAAACCUGUGUGUUUGUUUACUAUCAACACAAUUAGAUUCAACUGAAGCCAUAUUAAUAGUAGGAUUCGUUUAAAAACAAAUCAGUAAUUUAUUUCAGACACUUCCUACUUACAUUUUGUUAUGUUUGUGUCAAAUCAAGAAUAUCUGUAUAUAUAGAAUUUUCUGGCAGUGCCAUGUAAUGCUUAAGUCUUCCAAAUUAAUGUGCUGGAAUCGUUUAAUAUAGAACAGUGUGCAUUAUUGGCUUAAUAUAAUGGCUUCAUCAAAUACACAAGUGCCAGAACAUUUUUAGUUAAUGGCAUUUUUGUUUUGCAAUAUUUAUCUCUCAUUUCUUGCACCAUUUUAGAGAAAAGAACAUGAUUUAGUUGUAAGCGUGAAAAUGCAUCACAGUGUUAAAAAAAGUAAUGUUUCACAUGAAUAUUUAUGAGCAGUUUCUGUUUGUGUGCUAAAUGUAUAUUAAAUAUCUUUAGUGACUAAGGUUCCAUAGAAGUCAAAUCUUUUUGUGCAGAUGGAGACAUAAUGCGACUACUGCCAUGUUCCUUGUAAAUUGAAGAGGCUAAUUUGUUUGGGUCUAAAUUGUGAGGGUCAUGAGCAAGUAGUAAGUAUAAACAAAUAUGAUGUGUUAUAUAUCGUUUUCAAGACUGGUGCCUUAAAAUAGCUGCUUGAGUAUGGAUAUUUUGCCUUUCAUACAGCAUUAGUGUUGGAAUGAUACCAUUAUAUAAAUUAUUGAGUAAAUGUCAUAAAACAGAUAUAAGCAGAUAUCUUUCUUGUGUUGUCAAUAACUUGUACAUCCGUUUCAUUAUAUAUGAAGGGAAUAUAUGGUAGCAAAUACUUUUCUGCAUCAAACUCAUACCAUGAUUAGUUGAAUCAUAAGGUCCCAUUUAAUUUGUUUUGCCUAGAAUCCCAUGUCAUUUGCACUUUUCAUUUAGAAUUGUUGUAUUUUAUUACUGUCAUUUUUGUAGUGAACUAUUUUAUGAUGUUUCAUAAUAUGUGUAUGUUAUACUAUUUUAUACAAUGACUCGGAAUCAGAUGUCAGUAUCUUAGUGAGUGUAUUAUUGCAUUAAACGUGUACAUGUAGGCAUACUUUAUAGACAUACCAUACCAUAAAUAUGUUUAGUCCAAUUAUGUUGAAAACAGUAAUAAAUUAUGUUAUUGCCA